AAAAAAAGAAAAAGAAAAAAGAGAGAGAAGGUAAGAAGCAAAAUCGAAUGCGUAACACGUGCAUAGUUUGGCGCGUGAAUUUGAAAGUCAUUGGCCCAGCUGGUAGCGACACGACGGUUUAUCCAAAAAGGGAGCUGUAUAAUUACUACUACCUCAUCCAUCCGUUCAUUUCGAUGGAAACUUUUCAGCGGGACCCAUUCUUCGUUUGAUCUGACGGCUCAGAAUGAGUAACACCCGCGUAGAUGAAUGCGUACAUCGAAGGAAUUUCCCCUCAAAUUAAUAACCCACACACAAACAAAAACCACAAAAACUGGGGGGAAGAAGAGAAAAUUCACUCAGCCAGUUGGAAACCUCAUCUUCCUCCUCUCUUUCUCUCUCUCUCUCUCUCUAAAACUAGCUUCUCAGUUUUCUUCCCUUCAUGUUAUAAUGACAAGAAUCAAUCCGAUUGCUUAAAAUCCAAACUCCUUAACCCCACACACCACCCUGAUUUCUUCCUUCUUUUCUCUCUGCGAAGCCUUUCUAGUUGAAUUUCUAUUAAAUGCAUAUUAUUAGUGGUUUGGGUUGGGUUGCUUUCUGGUGAGAUUGACAGAGAGAAAAAGAAAGCAUUUUUUUCCCCUCAUAACUAAGCGAGUGAUAUUGUUUGUUUGAAUAAGGGAUGGCGUCGGGGUUCUCCGCCGGUGGAGGACCGGAUUUUUACACCGUCGGAAAUGGAAUAAAUAAUGGAAGAUCUGCCUCCAUGAUGUCCAUCAACAAUACUCCACAAGUGCCGUACCGGUCGACUCUAGCCGGAAUUAUUCCUGACCCGGCUUCUCACUCAAUUAAUCGGCGUUCUGAUUUGAACGGAAAACGAUCUCUGACGGAGUUUCAACAGCAGCAACACCAGCUACUUCAGCAACAUCAACAAUUUCAGUUUCAACAGCAGCAGCAGCAACAUCAGCAUCAACAACAAAUGGUGGGUUUAGGCGCGCUUUAUAAUAAUCUUCGAAACGUGAAGCCCAGAGUUAAUUACGGGCCCAUGUCUUCGUCGCCGAUAUCUCCCCUGUCGCCGGUAGACCUGUCAUCUGCGGUUUCUUCUCUCUCCCCUGAAUUGUCAUCCAUUUCAAGUUCUUCUCUGCCGAUGAAUUCUAGGUUUGGGCUACCGAUUCUCCAACAACAAUUGCGCCAGCAACAGCAACAACUGCAACAACGGAUGAACAACUUGGCCGCUAAUUCUCUUGCAAAUGGAAACAUCCUAUAUGGCACCCCUAACCGAUUCUCCUCUCCUACUAUGAACGGUAGCAUUUCGUUUCCGAAUUCGGGUCACCUCCGGCGGCCAGCGGCGACGGUUAUGCCUAUCACUACCAUGGGGAUGAGUGGACAACAAUUGCUCACACCGGCAGAAGAUGAAACAGCAACGGAGAAGAAGAUGUUGAAUAGGCUUCAUGAAUUGGAGAAAGAGCUCCUAGAUGAUGACGAAAAUUGUAGCGGUUCUGGUAGCGGUGACGCCGUCUCCGUCGUCACGAACAGCGAGUGGUCUGACACAAUUAAUAACUUGAAUUUGAUCACAACAAAUCCAAACCAAAACAAGGCGGGCAUUUCGCCGUCUCCUACUUCCUCAUCGUCUUCCUGCUCAUCAACAUCGGCUUCUCCGCCGAUAAUUACAUGUCCCCGGCAGUCCAUCUCCGAUGUUGCCACAGCCAUCUCGGAGUGUAGGAUGGAUGCAGCGGUUGAGACUCUCACGCGCCUCACCCAAGUCUCCAACUUCAAAGGCACCUCCGAGCAGAGGUUAACUGCAUAUAUGGCUUCAGCUCUACGCUCGCGCGUAAACCCCACGGAGUACCCACCCCCUGUUUCUGAGCUUUACAACAAAGAUCACGCCGUGUCAACGCAAAUGCUGUACGAGGUUUCUCCUUGCUUCAAGCUUGGUUUCAUGGCUGCGAAUCUAGCAAUUCUCGAAGCAGUAUCUGAGUCAGACCAGCUGAAGGUCCACGUCAUCGAUUUUGAUAUUCAGGGCGGGCAAUACUUGCAUUUGCUCCACGCGCUUGCGGGGAAGAAAGGCGCAGAGAAACCGGCGGUUUUAAAGAUCACCUCUUUCGUUGAUUUCGGGAAUGGGGAGGAAAAUAGGCUGAAGGCGGUUGGAGAUGAACUUGCUGGGUUGGCCAAGAAAUUAGGAGUAACCUUGUGUUUCAACGUAAUGAGUUUGAAGAUAAACGAAUUGAGCCGUGAAAAGAUCGGGGUUGAACCGGAUGAGCCUUUGGCCGUGAAUUUCGCUUUCAAGCUGUACAAAUUGCCGGACGAGAGCGUGUCCACUGACAAUUUGCGGGAUGAGGUCCUCCGGCGAGUGAAGGCACUGUCGCCCAAGGUGGUGACGCUGGUGGAGCAAGAGAUGAACUCGAACACGGCGCCGUUCGUGUCGCGCGUGAACGAGGCUUGUGGAUAUUACGGUGUAUUGUUCGAGUCGCUGGAUGCGACGGUGGCGAAGGAUAGCUCUGAGCGAGUCAGGAUAGAGGAAGGGCUGGGUCGGAAGAUGGCUAACUCGGUUGCGUGCGAAGGGAGGGACCGUGUGGAGAGAUGCGAGGUGUUUGGGAAGUGGCGGGCCCGGUUGAGCAUGGCUGGGUUCGAGCCCAAGCUCGUGAGUCCACUCGUCGCUGACUCGCUCCGGUUCAAACUCAACUCGGGGCCACGUGGCAACCCAGGCUUCACUGUCAAUGAACAAUCCGGCGGUAUCUGCUUUGGUUGGAUGGGACGAACACUCGCCGUCGCAUCUGCUUGGCGUUAAUCCUAAUUUGUUCUUCAUUUUUAAUGGGUUGUGUCUUCUUUUAUUUUAUUUUUUCCUUUUCCAAUUUUCUAGAAGAACGUAUUAUGAUUAUGAUUAUUAUUAAUAUUAUGAAUUAGUAUUAGUAAUUUCUCCUAUUAAUUGUGAAAUACUACGAACUAGUCUUCAUGUCAGUUUUUUUGCUAAUUAAUUCUACGAUUGUACUAUAUAAUGUAGCCUUUUUUCAAUGACAAGAAGAAUUGGGUUUAAGAUCCACAAAAAUUCCGAAAUAAAUUCUUAUGAUGAACUGUUUGGAUUCCCAGAGUGUCUGCAAUUUUCUUCUGCUGCUAAUUGUCUCUUACUUUGUCGUGGCUUUGGAUCUUUGAAAUUUGGGGGAUACAAAAGUGGAGUUUGGCAUUCUGCUUCAGCUGACUCUCUCAAUUGAAGUGUCAAAGAAAAUGUGGGGUAAACACAGGGUUAGAUUGUAUAUUGGUUAUGGUUGGUCUCAAAUUUGGUAGUUCUUUAGUUGGGUUGAUUACGUGGUUGCUUCCCAUUUGAUUGUCAUGGACCACGA